AUGGAGGCUCCUGAAAUAGUCGAACUCUGCAAUGCGUGCAGCGAGCAAUGGACGAUGAGCGUAUGGACCGCCAAGCAGGCAUUGGAUAUCACAAAGGAGAGCGUAGCAACUGCUGUAAGGUUGACCAAUACCGGAAUCUCGAUAGCUCAGAGGCAGGUGAGCCAAGUCGAAGAUCCCGGCAAAGAAACCGCACCGGUGGCUCCACCACCAACGCCAGGAGCGGCAAUUAUUGCUCCGCUGCCGAGAUUGUCAACAACAUCGCACCAGCUCCAGCAGCUUCUCGAUCUGAGGUCUCCAGUAGGCCAGCGAUACCCCCCGUUGGCUGCCAAUGCUCCACGGCCACCAGAGACUGCUAAAGCAUCGCCUGCGAAUUCGGAAGCUGACUCUAGCGGUUGGCCUGAGCAACGGGCGCUGUCUGAAGGUCCAGCGGCUCCCAGAGAGCAGCUUGUCCGGCUACACAGCGGUCAGUAUGUGCCCGAGGACUGGACGCUUGAAUGGGAGGACCAAAGAAGCCAGCCGCGGUAUCUUGCUGGGCUUUGCUACAGGGAUAACCAGAUGCUCAAAGCGCCGCUUCUGUGGGAGACACUCGAGGCGUACAAGCAGCGCCAGAAGGGCGUAGUAGGCAGAGAGUCCGAAGCUGCAAUUGACGAGAAAAUGGGAGCUGAGUAUCUCUCCUGGGCGAGACAUGGUUCUGUCAAGGUUGAGUGGAUCCCGAAGGAGGAUUCGACGUGGGUGCUUCGUCAGCCUGGUUAUCAGCUUCCUCGUGAUUGUUGA